CCACGCCCACGCCACCACUCUGUACUCGGAUGUAAGUGGAAGUGCGUCUGUUUCCACGCGUCUCCAGUCUCCCCGUCCUGCCGUUUAAAGCCUCCCACACUCACCCGGGCUUCAUGGAGCAUGGGUGCGGUGCGGGAUUAUCUCGUCUCUUCUUAACCUGUCCUGACAACUUGUUGCGCAGCUUUUAUUUCCAGUGCUCCACUCGCCUUGCCUUCUCAAGUGAACUUUUCGACAGCAACAGGGUUAGGGUGUGUGUGUAUUAUGAUUUAGACAGGACAUCUUUGUAGAUCGUUUUUUUUUUUUUAAUCAGAAAGGCCGAUUUUUUCUUUGAUGUCGACUUGUUGACUCGCUGUUUUGCCAGCAUGGUGUUUUGGCGCGGGAAGGUUUGGCACUCGGAGCGGUUCUCUCCCAAGCUCGUCUCUCCUUAAGGCCUGCUGGUGUUGCCCAUCGCACAGUAUAUCAGCCCGUGAAUUGUAACAUGAUCUCAGAGAGUGGGAAUGCAAACCAUGAAGUGGAUACGAAUCCAUGGGCUCGAGUGGUCUAGUCUCAUCUUGCUCCUGUGGACCACACGCAUGCAGGGCCUGGCUGACUUUUCAAACUACCUGUCGAGAAUCAUCACCAGCCAACACGCACUCGCGUGCGACGGACAGCCGCUGCGCCUGCACUGCCCGCGCCACUCCACCAUCUCCGUGCAUUCCGCCUUCUAUGGAAGCGGUGACGACGACGCGCGGCUAUGCGGCAGCGGCAGCGCAGAAGCGGCAAACAGCAGCUGUUCCGCUUUGACUACGCUACAGAAGCUGAUGUCAGUGUGUCAGAGCCAAAGGCAGUGCUCGCUACCCGUCACCCCCUUGCUGUUUGGGAGGGACCCGUGUCCUGGCACCAGGAAAUACCUCACCGUGGUGUACAAGUGUAAACCCACGGAACACAAGAGGCUCGUGGUGUGUGAGGGCGAGAGGCUGAGGCUGCGCUGUAAGCCCCCCAGGGUGCUCACCAUCUACGCAGCUGUCUACGGCGGGGGUCCGGCCCCGGCAGCAGACACCUGCCCCCCUCAGCUGACUGCCAACACCACCAGCCCGCCGCAGUUUGAGUCAUGUUUGAACCAUGAAGCUGUACACACAGUGUCCCAGUCCUGCUACGGUAAACAGAGAUGCACCGUAACUGUUGACAACCACACCUUCAGGGACCCCUGUAUGCCAGAUACCAGGAAGCAACUUACCGUCCUCUACGCUUGCGUACCGGAGACCUUGCUCAGAGCUGCAGACCCUGACUUGGCCUCAUUGUUACCUCCACUGGAUCUGGAGAAUGCUCCACCUGUGGAUGUGGUGUCCCCUGUCCCAGAAGGUAUCGGUCUGCCCAUGUACCCUGGAGCGAUGAUGAGCAACUCACUCAUUACCUACGCCUACAUCAGAGAGCACCCUGAGAUGGCAGCGCUGCUCUUCACCUGCAGCGUGUGUGUGGGCCUGCUGCUCACCCUAUUGGCCGUCUCCAUCCGUGUCAGCUGCAGGCCAGGGCCAAUCAGAUGCCUCGCCAGGGCCCGGAGCCACGCCCACCAUCGCAGAGUGGAGGAGAAGGACGAGGCUGAUGACGAUGGCGUAGACGACGACGACGACGAAGAGGAGGAAGAUGGAACAUCCAGUUCCUUGAUCUCGACCAAAGACAGGAAGUCCUUCAAGGACUGGGAGGAAGUGACGUUUGUGUGCGAGGCGGCGGAGCGGGCGGAGAGGAUGGAGAGGAGAGAGAUGGUCAUGCAGGAGAUAUGGAUGAACUCGUACAUGAACGGAGCCCCCGACGUCUAGUGUUGUCAGCCGACGCUUAACGCAAUACAACACACAAUGUGGUAUUUUUAUCAACCUGUGGAUGUUCUCAUCGCUGGACAACUGGAGAGGCACAGCAGCAUCAACAUGCAGGUCAUCUCAUGGUACAGGUUGGGUUAUGCAAAGGAUGUUUGCAAACCGGGAAAGAACUCUGGUUCCUGGUUCCUAUCCGGAAAACACGCUUCUUGGAAGCUCCACAAUGCGAGGAAUCGUUCAGCCAGAUUUUUCCAUGAUAAUACCACAUGCGAUGGGACUGACUGGCUCACACCUUGAACUCUAGAAUAAAUUGGUAGCUGAACUGGAACACACUAGGGGUGACCCUACCCUUGCUGUGAAGCGACAUCCUGUCUCAGGACUGCUCGGUGGCUCUUGGGAUGGUUCACCGCUCGGACAAAGAGAGGAAAGGUGUAGCAUCCUUCUUCCAGCGAUUUGAUGGGUAAAAGGUUUGUAGGAAAUGAUGUGUUGCCUAAUGUAAUCAGAACACUUUUAGCAGGUAUAUAUUGAACAGUGCACACAAUGCUUUUUUGUUGGGGCUUUCUUUAACAAGGAAAGGAAUAUUUUGUGUAUUUUGUUUUUCAUUGUAUUUGAUUUAUUUCAGUGAAGUUUAAAUAAAACAAGUGACAAAUUCUA